AUGGCUUCGGUGGCCCUGCCACCCGCAUCUCUACCAACAGCAACGGAACACACCACACCAUCUUCUGAAAGCAGUCCACCAUCCAAAACUCUGUCUCAAGAAGAAUUCAACGCUUACAUAAACGACCCUCGCCUGAAUCAAGUCUACCAACUGCCGGCCGAGAUGUUGCACGGCCGUUCGGAGCCCUUCCAAAUCUCAUACGCUGACUAUGGCUUUCAUCGCGAAACUGCGCGAGGCAAUGGGGUUGAAGAGGAGCAGGUGCUCUUAUUCUUUGGACCCCUCCUGUCCUCACGGCUGUGGAAUGCUGCAAAGGAUGGACUUGCGAAGAGGUAUCGGGUCCGCAUUAUCAAUGCAGAGCGUCCGGGAAUUGGCAAGACGGACAGCGUGCCGUCUGAGAGAAUGCUCGAAGUUUGGAGAGAAGCUAUUCCCGCCCUACUUCAUCACCUGGGCAUCAAACAUGUCUCCGUAGGCUGCCACAGCGGCGGCACUGUCUACGGGUUCGACUUCGCCGUUCACAACCCGCAGUUCCUUCACCCGUCGCGGCCAUAUAUCGCGAUCGGCAGCCCCUGGAUCCACUCGUCGCAAUCGGGAAUGCUGCUGUGGUCACUGGCCUCCUCUCUGCCGCGGUCUUUCGUCUCAAAGACCGACAAGUUGGCCUCCUUUGUCAACUCAACAUUGGGCCCCAUGCUGGGAAUCAGCGCCGCCGUCUCAGGCAGUGUAGGACAGCUUUGGUCCCAGACGAGGCGCACGGGUCGCGAGGGUCCGGACGUCGACUUCGAGGAAGGAUUGCGCCGCCGUAUAGCGGAGCACGUCUUCGAGAGUAGCGUUCGCGGAUUAGGCCAAGAGGCACAAGUUCUACUGCGCAAUGGCGUCGAGAAGGACGGGUGGUCCGACUGGGGUGACUUCGACGUGCUAGCGCCCCGCCUAGCCGAGGCGGUGCGAGUUUCUAGGGGUGCCAGACUCAAGCUGGACGUGUUCUUUGCCGAAAAGGACGUUAUGAUUGGCGAUGCUGGCACCAAAGGAAGCAAGUGGUUCGAGUCGUGCUGGAACAACGUGGACGGCGUAGAUUUCACGAGCGAGACAGUCAAGGGUUCGGACCACGAUAGCGUGUGGGAUCUGCGCUGGGAUGUCAUGGAGAGGGUGUUCAAGACGAUGACCCAAGACGCGGUCUAA